UAAACGGAGUAGCGCCACCCUUACUUUUAGGUCCGAGGUUAAGGAAAACACUGGCGAGGUAUAGAUUCACUGCUUCCAUUCUCUUUAUCUUUUCUUACAUCAUUUCAAAGGUUUCAUCUUUCACCUGCUUCGCCCUUUUUCCAAUUUCAGGUAGUCUGACAUAGAAAUGGUGGUAAAACCAACAGUUGCAUUAAGGGCUAUUUUUGUUGGAGGCAUAGCAGCAUUUGCUAAAAUAGCUGGAGCAAUGAAAGCUGCAGGUGGUGUAAAAGUGGGUGCAGCUGCAACUGCAAUGGCUGCUGCAGCCACUGCAGCUGUUACAGGGUCAAAUCAAGAGCAAACUGAUGCAUCUCAACCGUCUCCAAAAUAACUAUCUGUAUCUUUUUAUUUCUUCCAGUUUGACAUUGUGUUGUGAAAUUUCUGUAACUUAGUUGAGUGUUCUCAAAUGGAAGAAAGAGACCAUAUGCGAUAUAGUCUUGACAGAUGGUGAUGUAAUAACAACCGCUUCAAGAUUUGUAAUAAGAUUACAUUGAAUUUAUAGAGUUCCCGAAGUUUU